AGGCGGCGGGGCUGUGAUGCUGCCGGAAUACUGCCCCCUUCCCUCCCACGCCUCUCCCUCACUCGUCCUCCGGCUUCCAGGGCAAACGGCUUUGUUGUGAUCAGUAUCCAAAUUUUACGCGGGUUACCUAAAUCGCAUCAGUUAACUAGCGGUGCCUUGAAAGCUGAGAUGCGUUAAAUGUAUGUACUGUCUCUUUAAGUUCUCCUAGUUGGUUCGUUUCGUAUCGAUCAAUCCACCAUUUUCCAACACGCUCACCAGCGGUAGUAGGACACAGCGACGGCGACAACAUAGAUCCUCCACCUGGAGACGCCAGGACCCGGCGCACUCAUGGCAGCCAAUAUGUACCGGGUCGGAGAUUAUGUCUAUUUUGAAAAUUCAUCAAGUAACCCCUUAUUAAUCAGAAGAAUAGAGGAACUGAACAAGACGGCCAAUGGUAACGUGGAGGCUAAGGUGGUUUGUUUCUACCGACGCAGAGACAUCUCCAGCACGCUCAUCGCCCUGGCAGACAAGCAUGCGCGAGAGAUGGAGGAAGAGAUGGAGAGCCCUGAGAUCGUGGAUCUCCCAGAGAAGCAGAAGCACCAGCUGAGACACAGAGAGCUCUUCUUGUCCCGCCAACUCGAAUCUCUACCUGCCACACAUAUCCGAGGCAAAUGCUGCGUUACUCUGCUGAAUGAAACCGAGGCCCUGAAAUCGUACCUAGAUCGAGAGGACGCCUUUUUCUACUCCCUGGUGUACGACCCUCAGCAGAAGACCCUGCUAGCAGAUAAGGGGGAAAUCCGUGUCGGGAACAAGUACCAGGCCGACAUCACUGACUUCCUCAAAGAAGGCGAACAGGACGGACGGGACCUGUCCAAGAUGGAAGAGAAGAUGUGGGACCCCAGCAGUCCUUUGACAGAGAAACAGAUUGACCAGUUUCUCGUGGUGGCUCGGUCUGUGGGGACCUUUGCACGAGCUCUGGACUGCAGCAGCUCGGUCCGGCAGCCCAGCCUCCACAUGAGUGCAGCCGCUGCAUCCCGGGACAUUACUCUGUUCCACGCCAUGGACACGCUACACAAGACGGGCUACAACAUGAACCGAGCCAUUGCUGCUCUGGUCCCGCAAGGUGGGCCGGUUCUGUGCCGAGACGAGAUGGAGGAGUGGAGCGCCUCAGAAGCUAAUCUGUUUGAGGAAGCUCUGGAGAAGUACGGCAAAGACUUCGCCGACAUCCAGCAAGACUUUCUGCCCUGGAAGUCGCUAACGAGUAUUAUUGAGUAUUACUACAUGUGGAAGACAACGGAUCGAUACGUUCAACAGAAACGGUUAAAAGCAGCCGAAGCAGAGAGCAAGCUGAAGCAAGUUUACAUCCCUAACUAUGGUUUAUCACUGGUGAUUCUCAAGCCUGCCAUGUCUGCAGCUAACAGCUCCUACCAGUGGUAUUCCUGGGGGCCACCUAACCUGCAGUGUCGCUUGUGCGCCUCCUGCUGGACCUACUGGAAGAAGUAUGGUGGUCUGAAGAUGCCGACUCGGCUGGACGGCGAGCGGCCGGGACCCAACCGCAACAACAUGAGCCCCCACAGCUUGCCAAUGAGACACAGCGGAAGUCCCAAAUUUGCCGUCAAAACGCGGCAGGCGUUUUACCUGCAGACGUCCCAGCUGACGCGGGCGGCUCGGCGCGUCUGCCUGGACCUCCUACGCCCUAAAUACCUGGCCCGUCACCCCUACACGCCAGUGAACACCACCGCCAUCAGGGCAGAGUGUGCAGUGAAGUUGCCCGAGAUGAACAAGAACCCCGUCUCGACAAAGCAGGCGACAAGGAAGCCACUGGAGUCUGUGGUGCGAUAUUUAGAGGCCCACCCCUGCCCGCCCAAACCAGACCCGCCACGCUGCACUGGCAUCUCUACAGGAAGUCUGACACCCAUUAAAUCCUCGCCGAUCCUCAACACCGGCUCACCCACCAUUCUGGGGAAGAGGACCUACGAGCAACACAACGGCCUUGACGGAACAAAGCCCAAGAUCAAAGCACCUCAAUGGGAGAUCAUGUCCAAAAGGGCAUCGGACCCAGGGCGCACCUCUGCCCCCCAGCGUGAGAAAGUCCACGAGCUGGACUGAUCCUCCUGGGGGGCUUUUUUUUUGAGACUUGAAGCUUGAUAUCUGGGAGGAAUCGAAGUAUACGCCAUUUGAUUUGAAAUGUCUGGGCCUGUGUUUUACCUCAGCAGGGAAUAUUUUGAAGAACUUUUCAAUGCCAGACACCAGUUUUGCAUAAACACUUCCAACCAGAUGCUAUUCUGCCUCUGCAGCUCUGGCUCUCACUGAACAUCAUCUAAAAGAACCAAUAUCACCCAAGAGCCGAUCCCAGCUCUGGACCAUCAUAUGACUGAUCAGACUGCAAGGGACCAUGCUCAUAAUUACCAUUGUUGUUAAUCGUCAUUGUAAUUAUUAUUGUUAUUUUUAUCAGUUAUAAUACUUCCUGAUGAGUUAACAGUGGAUCAACGAAGAGACUUUGAGUUUCAAAAAAUGAACUUCUUGCAUAUCCUGUGAAUGGAAGGACUUAUAAACCAUGCAACACCUUUUUUUUUUUAACAUGUUAAAGUGAUUUUAAAAUGAGACAAACUUUGAGUUCAGUGACAUGAGUAACUUUCUCUUCAUUUCUCUGGAGCUUUUACAUUCUUCUGUUUUAUCGACUGUCCUGGUCCCUGGCCAGAGAGGUUUAACUUAUUAUGACAAAUUAUAAAAUGUGUUGUUUUUUCUACCUUUUUCACAACUACUGCAUCUGACGUUCAACCAUGUAAUUAAGGAAUAAAUUGAUUCUUUCUUUUUUGUGA